AUGGAUGAAUUUCCAAAAGUUGAUAGCAAGAUAAGGGUUGUCAUUUGUACCUCUGCUUUUGGCCUAGGAGUAAAUGUUCCUGAUAUAGAUAUGGUAUUAAACUGGGGAGCACCAAGAUCUAUUGAGGAAUUAAUGCAAGAAUUCAGGAGGUGUGGCAGAGAUGGUAGAAGUGCAAUGUCAGUCUUGUACUAUCAUGGAAAGGACAUUGGCAAAACAGCAACGGAUGACAAAAUGAGGUCGUAUGCAAUGGCUGAAACCUGCAGAAGAGUGCUUUUGCAAGAAUUCUUCACACCUGAUGUCAAUAAAUCUUUACCAGUAACUCCAAAACAUUUGUGCUGUGAUAAUUGCUGUAAAACAUGUGAAUGUUUAAAUUGUCCACCUUUACAUGACUCUCUUUUGUCCGACUUUGAAGAAAAUGCUGCUUUGUAUGCUGCUACCUUAAAUUGCGAAUUAGUGAUUUGCCAUACGGUGUCAGAAGAACAGCGCAACAAAAUAUCUGAAAAACUUAAGGAGUAUAGAGAAAUAUGUCUAGAGGACAGUGGUCCAUCUUUACUAAAUGUUGGUAUCUUAACUGGAUUAAGUGAUUCAUUGAUUGAUUCAGUUGUAAGCAAUGUUCACUAUAUAGGUAGUAAAGAAGAUUUCUUGUCUGAGUACAUAUUUGACAAAAAUCUUGCAAGUUCAGUGAUGUGCAUUAUUGAUGAAGUACUUAAUGAUUGA